UAAAGUAACAAAUCAUCAUUAAAAAUGCAGAAUUUCUUGUUUGUGUUUUGCAGCAGAAAAAGGUGUUUGAUAUACAUGCAUGUUGCUGAUAGAAGUAGGUUAUGAAGAAUUGGAGUGACGCUCUGAUUUUAGGUUGAGUUGUGUUUAAGGUGCUCUCUCUUGUUCUCCUUUUGUUUGCUCUCAAUUCAGACUACAAUGGCCACCCAGGUGAUGGGGCAGGCGUCUGGAGGAGCCGGGCUGUUCACCAGCAGUAGCAACAUGGGCAUGGCCCUGCCUAACGACAUGUAUGACCUGCACGACCUCUCCAAAGCUGAACUGGCUGCCCCUCAGCUCAUCAUGUUGGCCAAUGUGGCCCUAACGGGGGAAGUAAAUGGCAGCUGCUGUGAUUACCUAGUUGGUGAAGAAAGGCAGAUGGCAGAAUUGAUGCCUGUUGGGGAUAACAACUUCUCAGAUAGUGAUGGAGAAGGACUGGAGGAGUCUUCUGAAGUGAAGGGUGUACCUACUGGACUGGAGAACGUGGAACUGAGGAAUCUGGAGCUCAGUGUUGUAGAGCCACAGCCUGUAUUUGAGGCGUCAGCUGCCCCUGAGAUUUACAGCUCAAAUAAAGAUCUUCCUCCUGAAACACCUGGAACAGAGGACAAAUGCAAGAACUUGAAGACCAAACCGUUUCGCUGUAAACCGUGCCAGUAUGAAGCAGAAUCCGAGGAACAGUUUGUGCAUCACAUCAGAGUUCACAGUGCCAAGAAGUUUUUUGUGGAAGAAAGUGCAGAGAAGCAAGCCAAAGCCAGGGAGUCUGGUGCUUCUGCUGCUGAGGAGGGAGAUUUCUCAAAGGGCCCCAUCCGCUGUGAUCGCUGUGGCUAUAACACCAAUCGGUAUGAUCAUUACACCGCUCACCUGAAGCACCACAGCAGAGCUGGGGAUAACGAGCGAGUGUACAAGUGCAUCAUUUGCACGUACACCACCGUCAGCGAGUACCACUGGAGGAAACACCUGAGGAAUCACUUCCCUAGGAAAGUGUACACUUGUGGCAAGUGCAACUACUUUUCAGACAGAAAGAACAAUUACGUCCAGCAUGUCCGCACUCACACAGGAGAACGCCCAUAUAAAUGUGAACUUUGUCCUUAUUCAAGUUCUCAGAAGACUCAUCUAACUAGACAUAUGCGCACUCAUUCAGGUGAGAAGCCAUUUAAAUGUGAUCAGUGCAGUUAUGUGGCCUCUAAUCAGCAUGAAGUAACUCGCCAUGCAAGACAGGUUCACAAUGGUCCUAAACCUCUUAACUGCCCUCACUGUGACUACAAAACAGCAGAUAGAAGCAAUUUCAAAAAACAUGUAGAGCUCCAUGUUAACCCACGGCAGUUCAAUUGCCCUGUAUGCGACUAUGCUGCUUCUAAGAAGUGUAAUCUCCAGUAUCAUUUCAAAUCCAAGCACCCUACUUGUCCUAAUAAAACAAUGGAUGUCUCAAAAGUGAAACUAAAGAAAACCAAAAAGCGAGAGGUUGACUUGCCUGAUACUAAUGUUACUAGUGCAAAAACAGAAACGGAACAGACAAAAACAAAGGGGGAUGUGGCUGGGAAGAAAAAUGAGAAAUCUGUAAAAGCGGAGAAAAAAGAUGUUUCAAAAGAGAAAAAGCCUUGUAGUGAUGUCUCAGUGAUCCAGGUGACUACCAGAACUCGGAAAUCCGCUGCAGAGACAAAAGAGAUGGAGGCGCACACAGGACAUAAUUCAGAAAAACCCUGUAAAACCAAGAAAAGCAAAAGGAAGCUGGAAGCUGAAGCGCAAUCCUCGCAGGAUCCUGUGAAUGAGGAAGAACCUGUAACAAAAAAGAAGAAAGUAGGAAGCAAGUCCAGAAAUGGUCAGGAGGUGCCAAGGGGUAACAGCAAAGCAGAGGAAAAUAGAAAGCAAAAUACCUGUGUGAAGAAGAAUACAAAGAAGAAAGCUCUGAAAAAUAAAUCAAGUAAGAGAGGCAGCAAACCUGCUCAGAAGGAGGCAGCUGCCAAGGGGCCUGUGCAGGCCAAGCUGCCUUUGGGGCCUGUGCAGACGGCGCCCAGCCAGGCUGCUGAGGAGGGGCCUUCACCUGCUGGGGAGGUUGUGCAAGGGGCGCUUGUGCAGGCACAGGCUGAGCCACCAGCUGCCCGGGAGGCGCCCACUGCUCCCUUGGAGGCUGUUGAGGCAGGUUCUCUGCCUGUGGAGCCAGCCCCCAUGGAGGUCGUGCAGGAACCAGUGCCUCCUCCAGAGCCCGCACAUGUGGAGCCUGGGCACAUGGAGCUGCCACCUCCGGUACAGCCUCCCCUUCACAUGGAGCCAAUCCCCAGAAAAUCUCCCCGAAAAGACAGUAAAAAGGAAAAGCCCAACAUACAGAGCGAAGUGGCCUGCAAGGAACAAGUCCUCAAUGAAGUUGGCUUAGUGCCUGUUAAAGACAGUCAGCUUCUAAAGGAGAGUACAGACACACAGGCCCUGUCAGCACCAUCACCACUGCCAAAGGAAGGGGAGGAGGAAUCAGUAGACCAAAACGAACUCUCUAAAGGUGCAGGAAAUACAGAGGGGCCCCUGCAGAAAGAGGGAGCAGAAGAGGCAGAUGAGAGCAGAGCUGUUGGAACUACCGGCGAGGAAUCUUCUGGUGUUGCAGCUUCAGUCCCUAAACUGAGCACACCAGAGGGUGGAACUUCAGAUGGUGAAUGUCAGAUUCGUUCAGUUGAGCCUUGUGAAAUGGAAACAGUCACUGAGGAGAGUACAACAGAGAAUCUCCCAGCUAAAGGUGCUGCAGCUGAAGAACCAGCUUCGCCAUCACUUUUCUCUCCACCACCAGCAGAACAAGAAGCAGUGGGCAAAACCGCUCUGGCUGCGGCUCCUGCUCCUGUUAGCGUGACAGAAAAUGAGUCUCAGGAAAUUGAUGAAGAUGAAGGCAUCCACAGCCAUGAUGGAAGUGACCUCAGUGACAACAUGUCAGAGGGCAGUGAUGAUUCUGGAUUGCAUGGGGCUAGGCCGGUUCCCCAAGAAAGCAGUGCCAAAAAUGCAAAGGAAGCCCUGGCGGUCAAAGUGGCUGAGGGGGAUUUUGUUUGUAUCUUCUGUGAUCGCUCUUUUAGAAAGGAAAAAGAUUACAGCAAACACCUCAAUCGCCAUUUAGUUAAUGUGUACUUCCUUGAAAAAGCAGCUAAAGGGCAGGAGUAAUUAAACUUUGGACAAGGUUACAGUUUUUAGUUUGUGAGAGCUAUUACAUUUUUAUAUUCAUUUAUAGUGGUAGACAACUUUUUAAGAUUGCUUUAAUUAGUGUCCAGUGUUGAUCUUUUUAAGUGGCAUUCUUUUCCUUAGGGCUUUUGUGUGCUGUUGAUGUACAAAUUUUAGUAAACCCCAAAAUCCACGGGAGUUAUUGUACUAAAACGAGCGGACCUGAAUCUCUUAGCUAAUGUGUUCACUGGAAAUGAGAAGGCCCAGAUGGCAUAAUGCAUCUAUUGCUCUUCCCAGCUACAACUCAUCAGUUUUUUUUCCUUCUCUGUCUUCUGUUUCAUCUUAGUUUAUCAUUAGUACCUUGUUUAGCUCUAUAAAAAUUGGCUUAAUAGCAAAUUACUUGAAUUUGCCUGCUUUAUAUAAAGUUAGCACUUUAAGAUUUCUUUAGAGAUAAGAAAAGACAUUUAAACUGAAGAAAAAUUCUCCCAACAAUGGACAUUGUAUCAGUCCAGGUAUUUACUUCCUGAUUUUUGAUCAAUAUUUCAUGUUUGAGUGUUAAACUUCAUAAAACAGUGAUUUUGGUGUUUUUUUGUUUUUUUUUUAAAUUUUGGUGCUUUAAUGGCUUAAAAUGUUGCACAUUGUUUUUUUUUUCUUUAACCUAUGCAGUUAAAUUUUCUUUAGAAGUAGUAGCAUUUGUGUUGACCAGUAACACUUUAUACAUAUAUGCAUGUUUAUUUGGCCUCUUUGAUGGGAUGCUUCUAGGCUUGUUUGUAAAGUGGCAAUUGUCUUUUUCUUUGCUGCAAUUGUCUUUUAAGCAGAAUAGUAGUGUGUGCAAGUUUGUGAGCAGAUGAAACAUGCAGGUUCAGUUCAUUGAUUUUUGAUUUUCACUUAUCUAUGCCAGAAUUUGUUUUGUAUAAUUUAUUUAUUAUGAAUGAAUAUAGUAAACUCAUAGCUCUGUUAUGAUUUUGUAAUAAACCACUAGGUUUCAUACUGAACAAAUUUUAAUUUCAAAUACCAAUAUUUUUGCCUGUUCUGGUAUAGCUAAUUUGUAAUUGUAGUGUUACAUCAUAUCCUUAGGGGAAACCUUUUCUUACGCAUAGUUUGUAUCCUUGUGGCUAUUCAAUUGAAUGAAAAGCUGUAGGUGAUAAUUGGGGCUUGCAAACCUGGAACUGGGAGACCUAAUUAUUCAAGUUUUACAGAGGGUCACUUGUGAGAAUCCAAAGCCACAGCUAUUCACACCAUGCAUCUAUAGUGAGAGGUGUAUGAAUUCUGGCAAGCCAGCUGCACCUUCCUGUGAAUACCGUGAAAAUGGCUUUUGAAUUUACAUACAGUCCAGAUUUAAGUUGUACUUGCUCAGGGAUCUCCACACACUAGUGGGUGUCCUGGCUGUUCCUGUGACAGCCACUUUCUACAGGUGAGACCUCAAGUAAACUGCAGCUAUCCUAGUGUUCCUAGAGGAGCACUUUGUAUAGAAAGGGGUGUGUACUCCAAAAUUUUUAUAGGUUCUUUGGCCACUUGCCAAAGUGAAAGAAUCCAACAUAGGAUAUUUUAUGUUAGAGAUGUUCACUGCAGUAAGUAAAAUAUGAUCCUAAUGAGAGUAUCUUGAAUUCUGAUCUCCCAUGUUCUGAAAGUAACCCUUUACAUUUCAUUUAUUGUCCUUUACCUGGGGAUCUCUUUGAGGCAGGUUUCAGAUUUUGACAGUACAAUACGAAAGAUCAGGAUAAGCAUUAAUGUGUAAGAUGUUAAAAUCUGAGUGAAUUUUCAGUUAAAAGGUAUUUGAACUUGGAAUUGACUCGGAGGCCAAAGAUUUAAAGAAGCAGAAGAUUCUCUCAAGACAUGAGGAGUAAGUUGUGUGAUGAUGGUGUGUGUUCUGUGUGCAUGAAUGAGAAUUUGUAAAUGUUGAAUUCUAGGCUCCGACAAUCAUUGUCAGCAGGAGAUCAAGCUGCAAAUAUUUAUGUUUUAAAAGUUAAAUUAUAAAGCUAGUUAAAUCUUUCUAAUGACUAGUUUUAAUGUUCAUGAGCAUAUUUUAUCUAACUCACCUUUUACAUUAUAUUGAAAAAGAUUCAUUUUAAGCACAGACUGGACACUGGGAAUCUGUUUGGGGAAGAGGUCUUUGGAUUCUUUCAUAGUGCAAAGGAAAGAAAUUUGCUUUUUGGUGAAUUGAACAGAUUCCUAAUCUAGUCUUUAAGACUAGAAUGCUAAAAACUGUGAAGGAAAUUAAAACCCCUUGUUGAGUUGAUCUGUAAAAACAUUGUUACUGGAAAUUAAUUGGAACUUGAGGCCUUUCUUCCAGAAAACAAGGACUUGAUUCUCAGGCCCUAUAUUAGGUCCUGAACCUUUAUGCCAUGUAUUUAUACGUACUGAAAAUUGUUUCAAUGAAAAUAUAUUAGUAAUCAGAACUUCUGGUCCAGUUGGGAGUUCUUCCAUUUGCAAAAUAUGUUUGCAUGGAACUAUUUGAAUCUUUUUAUUUUCUAGUCCCCCUUCGUUAGAAUUGAAGCUAGAAUUUCCCUUUUGAUAAAAGAACAAAAAAAUGAACAUGCUCUUUGUAAAUUGAUAUUUAGUAACUAGCGAUAAACUUGAAAUACUAGAGAAUAUAUUAUAAGCCUAAUCCUAGGUAGUUUUAUGAAAAUAUCUUAUUUUUUGAACCUAUAUUCACAUUGGAUUUCAAGAUAUUUUAAGUUAUAUUUUUCCCUUUUUUCAGAGCUGCUUCAUACUUGGGGGCUUCCUUUUUUAUUGUUGAGGCUUAACUCGUAAGAGGCUGCAUUGUUUUGAUAAGGCUUCUUACAGCUAUGGCUGAUGUUUGCUCUAGUCUUCCAAGAAGGGCCAUUUUAUGUUUAGGGUCACUUCUAAAGUCACGUGCUCGCUAACUUUGGGGACCGUUUGCAUACGAGUGCAGAUACAAAUUACAACCCGAGCUGACCUCUCCGCGUGGCACCCCGAAUACUGACCACAUGAGGAAUGCCUAGUCUGUAGAACGCGCCACUUCUGGGCUGAAAAGCUGGGGAGGAAACUUAAUUUUCUUCUUGGCAUAGAUUAGGAAAAUUUAAGAAACUAAAUGUGCUGAAUUCUUACCG